CUACCAUCUCUACUUACGUGUUGCAGCUAGUCGCAAAGACCAUAGAACAAAAUCAAUAAAAAAUACUUAAUAAAAUAAUAAAUAAAUGAAUUAAUAAAUUAAAAUUAACGAAAUAAAAAAUAUCAAUGUCAUACAGACCCCGAGGCACACUCGCGCGGGUCAUCCAUGCCAAGUUUCACAAUGAUAAUUCCCUAGAAAACAUUGACACAAGAAAUUGGUAUGCAUUGGAACAUGAACUACCCAAAUAUCAGUCGAGAUUUGUGGCUCUUGAACAGGAUUCGACAACUGUUAAAUGGUUGGAACAAGCAAAAAUAUUGUCAACAAACAUAUGGUUGCAUUUAUGGCACGCUUUGGCCAGGUCAAUUCUUCAAUUCUUUAUGACGCAAACUGACAUUAAUGGCUUUCUGAAACGUGGAUCAAUGUUUAUUCUAUCCGAAGAACAAUUUUACAAGUUACUUGUAGCUGGCGGAUUCUCCACAGCAACCAUGUCGGAUACGAUUACCUUAUUGGACAUUGGUGCCGGUGAUGGUGAAAUUUCAUUACGUGUUGCCAAUACCGUAGCAGAGUUCUCAGGAAACGCUGUUCUCAAGGUAUUCGCAACCGAAGCUAGUUGGACAAUGCGGGAUAGACUGAAAAAACUUAACUUUAAUGUAAUACCCGAAAUUAAUGGCCUUCAAGAUAUGGAUUUAGUUCUAUGUCUAAAUGUACUUGAUCGAUGCUUCGAUUCAUUCCAAUUAUUGGAGGAUAUACAUCGGGCAUUGGCGCCAAAUGGCCGAGCUGUUGUAGCUUUAGUACUUCCAUAUAUGCAUUACGUUGAGACAAAUACAUCGCAUUUGCCUUUACGACCACUUUUGGAAGAUCGAGGAAAUGGACAUCAGUUGUCAUUUGAAGAGGAAGCGACAAUGUUUAUGGAUAUACUGGAGAAUUGCGGUUUUCGUGUUGAGUCCUGGACAAAGGCUCCGUAUUUGUGCGAAGGAGAUUUACAUCAGUCAUUCUAUUGGUUAAUUGACCUCAUUGUUGUGCUUUCCAAAAAACCCUUAUAGUUUAACUGCAUACGUACAAUACUAUAUACUUAAUUAUUCCUCGGCCAAACAUAUAAAGAGGCGUGCAAAGACCCAAUUGUUGGGGCAUUUAUUUAUACUAUUUGUUUUUAAAUUUAAGAAAAUGGCCAAAAUAUUUCAA